GUUUGUUAGAUAUACCCAUGUCUGUUUCUCUUAAUACCCAAAAUGCCAUUACCUUGUUCAAAUCCAUGAUUCAGAAAGACAAACCUACACUGGAUAGAGUCCCUUCUCUUGCCAAAUAGGAGACCUACUCUGGGCAAUUAACCCAUGAAUGACAGUUUGGAAUCAUGUUUUUGAACGACAGGAUUUGAAUAACGAGCAUACUACAAAAUGAAAGCUUGAACUUGUGCUCUCUUUUCUGCUAAAUCAUAUUUUUUCUUCCACAUCCAGCAUGUGAUGGGCAUGUGAACAUGCUGUACAUUCUCCAAUCAUUGCCAUGGUGACAUGGUGGAUCUUGAUCAAGAGGAAACUUCACCACCCACCACUGCUAACAUGUUUGCCAAGAAGAACGAUCUCCUCUCCACUGCCAUGAAGAGAACCAGUGAAUGGAUUUCUUCCCAAGAGAUUCCCAGUGAUGUCACAGUUCAUGCUGUAGGAACUCCCUUCCCAUUGCACAAGUUUCCAUUAGUCGCAAAGUGUGGAUACAUAAGGCAACUGGUGUCUGAAUCAAGUGAUGCCGAUCUCUCUACAAUUGAACUCCCUGAUAUUCCGGGUGGGGCAGAAGCAUUUGAACUUGCAGCAAAAUUUUGUUACGGAAUCAACUUCGAAAUAAGUACUGAAAACAUUGCCAUGCUCAGGUGCGUGUCCGAAUACCUUGAAAUGACAGAGGACUACUCUGUUGGAAACCUGGUGGGAAGAACAGAAUCCUACUUGAACGAAGUCGCGCUCAGGAGCCUUUCAGGAGCAAUUUCCAUUCUGCUGGCAUCCGAAAGCCUCCUUCCGAUGGCCGAAACAGUUAAAUUGGUCAGCCGAUGUAUUGAUACGAUUGCAUAUAUGGCAUGCAAGGAUACUCAGUUUCCUAUGUCAGAGAGUGAUAGUGGCAUUGAGGGUUUGAAUUCUUCUUCCUCAGGGUCUCAACUGAAACCACUUAUUGUUGAUUGGUGGGUUGAAGAUCUAACUGUUCUCAGAAUUGAUAUCUUCCAGAGGGUACUGAUUGCAAUGAUGGCAAGAGGGUUUAAGCAAUAUGCAUUGGGUCCAAUUCUCAUGCUCUAUGCUCAGCAAUCUCUUAGAGGUUUGGAAAUUUUUGGCAAGGGGAGGAAGAAAAUCGAGCCAAGACAAGAGCACGAGAAGAGGGUGGUUUUGGAAACAAUAGUUAGUCUUCUGCCAAGGGAGAAGAACGCCAUGUCAGUUAGCUUUCUCUCAAUGCUGCUUAGGGCUGCAAUAUACCUAGAGACGACGGUUGCCUGCCGGCUCAACUUGGAGAAGAGAUUGGGGCUGCAGCUCGGGCAGGCUGUUCUCGACGAUCUUUUGAUCCCUUCGUUUUCCUUCACAGGGGACACGGUUUUCGAUGUGGAUGCGGUGCAGCGGAUCAUGAUGAAUUACCUCGAAUGUGAGACGGAUGGGAGUCGUUUGGGCUACAGCGGAGAGGACGAUUUUUUCUCUCCUCCCCCAAGUGACACGGAGAGGGUCGGGAGGCUGAUGGAAAGCUACCUUGCUGAAAUUGCAUCCGAUAGAAACUUAUCGGUGUCGAAAUUCAUCAGUCUCGGUGAACUUGUGCCGGAGCAGUCAAGGGUUACAGAGGAUGGGAUGUAUAGAGCCAUUGAUAUUUACUUGAAGGCCCAUCCAAACUUGAGUGACUUGGAAAGGAAGAAAGUAUGCAGUGUGAUGGACUGUCAAAAACUGUCUCGGGAGGCCUGCGCGCACGCCGCCCAAAACGACCGCCUCCCCGUCCAAACCGUGGUCCAAGUGCUUUACUACGAGCAACAAAGGCUCCGUGAGGCCGUGAACGGCUCUGAAUCCCCUGCUCCUCCGCCCCACACCGUGAACCUUUACACCACCACCACCUAUAGCCACCCGGUCCCGGAUGAGCUCUCCACUCUAAGAAGGGAAAAUCAGGACCUCAAAUUUGAACUACUGAAAAUGAAAACGAAGUUGAAAGAAAUUGAGAAACCAGCUGGUGAUAAAUCAGCGAUAGGGAGCCCAUCGCGGAGCCCAUUGCCAUCUUUUGAUAAGCCUCCUCUUCCUCGAAAAUCAUUCAUAGGCUCAGUGUCUAAGAAACUUGGACGAUUGUAUCCUUUUGUGCGCGAUGGAGCCGCGCCUCCCAAAGGUCGGACCAAACCUCCCAAAGACCGGCGACAUUCCGUAUCUUAAAAGACAAAGUGAAAGUAAAACGGUUUCGUAGUUGGAAUUUAUUAUUUCUGAUCUCCAGUAAAAAAAAAAAAGGAGAGAAAAUAAUGGCUUUGGUGAAGCAUGUUUUCUAGCCGAUCCCAAUUGAUUGGAACUUAAGGCUCGCCUUGGUGAAGUAUGUUUUCUUGUUUUGUCUCUUGUGUGGUAUUGCUGCAAGUAUAUGGUAAUUAUUUCCUUGUUAAGAACUGGAAUUCAAAGCUGGUGAAUAGAGGGAGUAAUAUGGUGGGGAACUUCUUUGCUUGUACUGUUAUCCCGAAACCAUAAGGCAAAUUGUGAAUGAAAAAGAUCGAUACUGAUAGUGCAUAAGGCUUCUCUUUACAAUAGCAUUUCACUUGGUGCGA